AUGGGCUGCGCUAGUUCCGCGCCCACCGCCAACGCGGCAGCGGGGGAGGUUGGGAAUGGCGGCGAGGGCCAGGCGGAGGAGUGGACGCUGUGCGGAUGCGGGGGGAAUCGGCGCGCUAAGGAGGGGAAGGUGCGGACGCAGGCGGGCGGGGAGAAGAGGCGGAUGACCAGGGAAAACGAGGCGCAGAAAGGGGAGGCACUGAGGGACGGGCGUGCGGUUAAGAACGAGCGGAACGCGGAAGUGAUGCGCGGUGGGGACCGAGUCGAGGAGAGGGACGAGAGGAGAGAAGCGCACGACGGGAGAGUGGGAGGCAAGGUGCGCGCAGAGGACGGGCAGAAUGGCGCGGAGCGUUGCGAUGGCACGGGGAUGAACGGCGGAGCAGGGGGCGGCAGGCUCAAGGUGCGCUGCACUGAGGGGGCUGCGGGCAGGGGGAGGGUGCAGGCAGGGCGCGCUCUGGCCUGGCAACGAGGGGGGCGCGGCGGGGUGGGGGGGGACUCGGGGAGGAAUGCGCGCGGAGCGUGCUGCCCCCACGGCCCACCCAGCUCGCCCAAUCCGCGGCCAGCACGCAAUCCCCCACCAGGUGCCAUACUCCCUUGCCACCACGUGCCAUUCCACUUUGCCGCUCCGCAUCCUGCCCGUGCCAUCUCCUCAAUGUCCCCCGCCAGGGUGGGCGUGCUGGCGUUUGAGGUGGCGGCGGCGGUGGUGAGGGCGGGGGUGGUGCGGCAGUCAGUGGAGGGCGAGGACGUGGACGAGCUGCGCAGGGAGGUGCUGGCGUCUGAUGGCAUCGCCUUCCUGCUCUCCUCCGACUUCAACCACGUCUGGCAGAUCGCCGCCCGCGAUAAGUGGGAGGAGGUGGGGCGGCUGGCAGCGAGUGUGGCGCGUCUCGGCUCGCAGUGCACCGACACCGCUCUGCACUCCCUCGCCCUCCGCUUCUCCAGAGGGCAGUGGUGGGGGGGGGUGGCAGGGCGGCCACAGUACAGCAGCGAGCGCAUGAUCACGGCUGUUACCCCCAUUCACAGUCAUCACCCCCGUGCUCCCUGUGCUGUGCCUACCCACCUUGCUCCCCAACUCGGGACCCAAUGCCUGCAAGCCAUAGAUGCUUCUUACACCGCCUUCCACCCACCGUGCUCAUCCCUCGCCCCGCGCCUUGUCCCCCUCUCCCAUCUCAGCCUGGCUGCAGCAGUGAGGGAGCGGCAGGGGGGUGGGGGGGAGGAGCAGGGGGGGGUGGAGGAGGGGGAGGCGGUGGACGAGCUGCUGCUGCAGCUGGAGGAGGACGCCCAGAUCACCAUGGAGCUGAGGCGCGAGGUGCUGCUGCUGGAGGCCAUGCGCCGCGACAUGGAUGCCGCAUGUGACACUGGUGCCCAUGCUGGGGAGAGGGCGGCGGAGUUGAGAGCACAGAAGGAGCGGGUGCGCGCCAUGCAGGAGAGUUCCUUCUGGGACCGCCCCCUCCAUGAGUUGGUGCGGCAGCUGGCGCGUGUUGUGGACCACCUCAUCCGCCUCGUCUCCUCCACCUUCGGGCCACUGCCACCGGACGUCCCUCUGCUGCCCGUGCGAGGGAAGGGCGCACAGGCGGAAGGGGGGAGGGAGGGGCAGGCGGAAGGGGGGAGGAAGCUGGGGGAGUCGGGCAUGGCGCUGGCGUAUGCGCGGCUCAUCAUCGCCAUCGACCUGCUGGUGGGAAUGCAGGGGGCGGAGAGUCGGAGGGACUACCUGUACUCGCUGCUGCCACACUCGCUGCGCUGCAAGCUCAAGGGGGCGCUGCUGCAGUCCCAGCACAUCUGCAUGGUGGGCAUAGCCUCCCUCCGCCUGGAACCUGAAUGCAAGUCAUGCUGUGCUGCAGCCUCCAGGUACGCGAGUGACGUGCGGGUGCGGGGAGGCAGUGCGUUGAGUCGCCUGCAGACCCUACAGCACGUGGAGGAGGCGCGGAUGGAGCGCCUCGUGCUGCUGCUGCUCAUCGGCCUGCAGCACCUCGCCAGCCGCCAGCAGCUCCCCCCUCCUCCCGCCCCCGCACCUGCGGCUCACGCACCUGCACCUGCCCCCGGCGCCGCCCCACCACACGGGGUGGGCGAGGGGGGGAGCGGCAGCAGUGGGGGCGGGCCCAGUGGCAAGUACGCCAUGACAGGCGCUGGGGCCGGCCCGUGGGGCGCUGGCAGGGGCGUAGGCAGGGCAGGUGGUGGCGCAGCUGAGAGGAGGGGCGGGGGUGCGGGGGAAGAGGGGAGGGAGACGAGAGAAGUGGAGGGGCAGGAGGGUGAAGGGGGGAGCAGUGGCAAGGGGGAGAGCAGGGACGCAGCAGGCAGUGGAGGAGCUGGCUGUGGUGGUGGUGGUGGUGGCAGGGAGAGGGGGUGGGCGAGUCACACGCGGGUGUGGCACCCCAUCCCAUGCACCGCCAUCAGAGCCCCCUGCCCGCCGCCUGCCGCCCACGUGGCAGCUGACUUGGCCAGUGACGUGGCAGGUAUGGAGGGGCACUCGCCAAGCGUGCCUGCAGCAGGGCCCGCCAGCGAGGAGCGAGCCGAGAGGUCUGUUGCAGCACAUGCAGCGGUGGGCCCGUGGGGGCAAGAGGCAGAGCGGGGAGAUGCCGGCACAGCCGAGGCAGGGAGCGGUACGACGGCAGCAGAGGCGGGUGCAGCAGAGGGUACAUGCGAGGAGACCGGCGAGGGCAGGGCGCCGAGCAGCGAGGGGCGCGUGGGCAGCCCCGGUGGCAUGCAGGACGUUCCUCCCAUCGACCUGCACGCCGCUGCUCUGUCAGCCCACCCGCAGUGGUCGCCGGGGUCAGGCAGCGACCCCCCGUCCCCCGCUCCCCUGCCGUGGUCGGGGCCGCUGAGCGAGCGCAGCAGCGUGGGGCGUGCGUCCCAGGCCAGCAGCCCCGGUGGCGUGGCGUGGAGCGGCGGUGUGCGGCGCACGGGCAGUGCGGAGGGCAGCCGGGAGGGCGAGGGCGUGGAGGAGUGGAGCGAGAUCCUGGGCCACUUGUCGUCCGCCGCCCGUGGUGCCGUGGGGGGGUUGACCGGGGAGGGUGAUGGGGGGAUUGCUGUGGAGAAUGCAGUGAUGGUGGGGAGCGAGGGUGUGGAGAAUGUGAGUGUGGGGAGUGUGAGUAGCGGGCGGCGGGAAUGGAGGGUGCCACAGAGUGUGCCUGAGGAGGAGGAGGAAGGCGAGGAAGGGGAGGCCAGGGGUAAGGAGGAUCAAGGGGAAAUAGAGGAGCAAGUGGGCAGUACAGUUCACAGCGGCACAGGGGAAGUAGCUCCACCAUCAGCAGAGCCAGCAGUGUUGCCGCCAUUGGUGGAAUCGGACUCGUGUCCAUCUGUCCCUCCUGUAUCUCAUCUGCCCACCGAGCCUUUCACCCCUGGGUCUCUCAUGCCACCAUCGCCCUCUGCUGCCAUGCCACCGCGCUCCGCCCUGCUAGCCGGUGCAGCACCUGCAGCAGGCAGUGUGGACGACGCCAUGCCCGCCACUGUGCUUGCCACCGCCGUUCCCAGCAGCGUGGCGGCAGAAGGGGGCCCGGUGGCGAGGGUGCGGGCGAGGGCCCCGCGGGCGGGGUGGAAGAGCAAGAGCCAGCCGCUGGAGCGACUGGCGGCGCGCAUGAAGCAGCGGCAGCAGCGGGCAGCGGGGCAGCUGCAGGAGAGCACAGGCGUGGCGGGCAGAGGGGGCAGCCCCCAGCUUCAGCUGCAGGGCGAAGGGGGAGGCAGGGGGCUGGCAGGGCGACAGUCGGUCUCGCGCACUCUGAGUCGCCUGCAGCAGCACCAUGCCAACAGCCUUACCGCCUCCUCUGCUGGCGGCGCUGCCCUGGGCGCGGACUCCCCUCUCCACGCGCGUAUGCUGCGCCGCGCUCUCACUCCCAACCCCGGCGCUGCUGCUGGCGGCAGCCACAGCGGAGGGCUGGAGAGGCGUGUGGGGAGGGGGCUGGGGGGCGCGUGGGAGGGGGACAUGGGGGUGGGGGUGGAGGGGGAGGAGGAGGAGGAGGCAGACAUCGACCGCAUCCUGGACGCGCGGCCUGACAUGGACAUCAGCGCCCUCAGCCCCAUGCUCAUGCGCUCCCCCUCCUUUGGCCGCCAGCAGUACUGGAUGGUGUGA